UGUGAGCACUGCCCCCUGCUGGUGAGAUGUGGUAAUUACGCCUGUUUGCAUUAGCUCCGUUGAAGAUGGCGACUGGAGUCCUUCACAGAGUCAGCGGUGGUCUGGGUCGGGCUACAAGCAGGGCCCAGUCUGCCGGACAGCUCGUCUUGUGGAGCAGGGGGUUUGGAACAUCAAGCAGCAGAAACAGACAGGACAGCUGGUUUAAGUCACUGUUUGUGAGGAAAGUUGAUCCCAGGAAAGAUGCACACUCCAAUCUACUGACCAAAAAUGAGGAAAGCAACCUGUAUAAAAUUCAGUUCCAUAAUGUCAAACCAGAGUGCCUGGAUGCUUACAACAAACUCAAUGAAGAUGUUUUGCCCUCUAUCCAUGCUGAUAAGUACUACCCCUGUGAGCUGGUGGGCACCUGGAAUACCUGGUAUGGGGAGCAGGACCAGGCUGUCCAUCUGUGGCGUUACAGAGGUGGAUACCCUGCACUAACUGAAGUGAUGAACAAACUCAAGAAGAACGAGGAUUUCACAGCGUACAGGAAGGAGCGGGGUAAGAUGCUGAUGUCUCGCAGAAAUCAGCUCCUGCUCGAGUUCAGCUUCUGGAAUGAGCCCGUACCUCGGGAGGGUCCCAACAUCUACGAGCUCAGGUCCUACCAGCUCAGGCCCGGCACCAUGAUCGAGUGGGGUAAUUACUGGGCCCGGGCCAUCGGAUACCGCCAGCACAACAGAGAAGCCGUGGGAGGAUUUUUCUCACAGAUCGGCAACCUUUAUAUGGUUCAUCACCUUUGGGCUUACAAAGACCUUCAGUCCAGAGAAGAAACAAGGUCCGGGGCCUGGCAGCAGGACGGCUGGGACGAGGUGGUUUAUUACACGGUUCCCCUCAUUCAGCACAUGGAUUCCAGGAUCAUGAUUCCGACAAAGGCUUCCCCGCUGCAGUAAACUGAGAAGUGAACUAACAUCAAGUGGCAUCUUUUUGAAUGUUACAUACAUCCAGAGCAUCACUAUCACUGUUUCAACCUCCUGUCAGUGCUGCCAUCAUCCUCCCUUCUCUGUUCUUUUCUUUAUUUUGUUACUUUAAGAUGCCACUAGGACAGAGGGGAGAAACUAUGUCUGCCACAUAUAUAUAAAUAUAUAUAAACACAACCGAAAAAUACUCCAAGCCUACCCCAAGGGACACCACUCCUUUUAUUAUCCUGGUUCUGGAGCAGGAUGAGGUAAUUUGGCCAAAUUAAACCUCCUGAUGGCCGUCACGCUUGACGUCUCGUGCCACAUUAAAACUUGGCAAUGAAGAGCUCGUCUGAGUUAGGAACCAAAGUUACUUGAAAAUACAAGCAGCUGUGAGGAGGAACAGAACUGCUGAGGCUCACUGCACAGUGCAGGAGCUAUUUAUUUAUUUAAUGUAAACUUGGGAUACAUUUAUUUGAAGUGUGCUGAGUAGUAAGCCAUGUUAAUGCUGACUGAUGUGAGAGCAGGACUGUAUAUAAAAAAUUAAAGUUUGAACGGUGUGAAAUACAAACCUCAUUAUUUUAUAUUUGAUUUAAAAAAAAGCCUCUUUUUAUUGCAAGCUUCUCCUUUCAGUUGUUUUCUGGCUGUUCCUUGGUUUCCUGUAACGGUAAUGUUGUUUCAUGGUGCAGUGUUUGUAUUUCUUUCUUGUGAAGAGAUGGCUGGUUUUAAAGAGUUUUUAUCCAACAUGUUUCAAAGGAGUAUAACUAUCGUGCAAAAUAAAAUCUGGAAACAGAUGUUAUCUAAAAGUGGCAGACUGAAACCAGCACAGACUUGUGCUGCUGUAUAUUCUAAAAUUAGAGUUUUCAAAGGAAGCAUGUAUAUCUUGUGUUUUUGUUCCUCAGUUCAUGGAGGACAAUAUCAAGGGAUGGACAAGGCGGCCAUGAUUGAAUAAAGCAGUUCAAACAAAA